AUGGACGAACUACGUUACAUCAAGACUAUCUACCGUAGGAAAGGGAGCGGAUGGGGCUACAUGUAUAGCUUGAUGCGUUUUAUCGACAACACUGGUGACAAAUAUGUCUGGAGAGUUUCUAGGCAUGACGAACUAUUGAUGAUUUCUGAACCCUUGGAGUCGGAUAUGCAUAGGCAGGAAUACGAUAUGAAGCGUGCUGUGGAGGCGUCAGGGCUAUCCGAGCAUUUCGAUACCCUGUUUUCGGCAACCGCGAAUGAUCCUAUUUCUAUUCCUUACGUGAACUCAGAGGUUUAUACGCGAAUGUACACAGAUGGCCAGAGCCGUCGUUUGUUUCCAUCUUAG